GAGAGGAAACAUCUCCCAUUGGGUGAAACUCAGAUUUUGCUUUAGCAUCUAAAUCCUGUAGCCGAACCAGCUCUGCCGAAACCCGUAGGGUUUCAUUUUGCACUUGACUGUGCUGGAGAAAGACUGCAAGGAGUGGGCGGCGAGAGGAGGAACCUUAUAAACUUUGGGGGCGGGGACAUUUUCUUGGAAGUGACAAGUAGCUUCAGACCUGGGCCAGUGACGUCGUCCUCCGCUCAGACGCUCCGAAGGGGCUGGACGCGGCCACAAGACCAAAGCCAAAGAUCCCAGGAGAGCCAUGGAAUCCACGCUGGCGACACCCAGUUCUGCCGCAGGCCCCGUCACCUUCUCCCACGUCUUCGGGCAGCAGUGCCAACUUAUGGAAGCAGCAGUGCAAUCAUUGCACACCCUAAAUGACCAGAUAUCCCAUUUUAUCGUCACCAAGUCGAAGGCACUGGAGGAGGACCAGGACCCUUUUCUGCCUGCUGAGAAGGAGACGUUGAAGAGUUCCAUGAUACUAAUGAGGCACCUCUUAAUGGAUGCUCAGGCCAAAAUCCUGAGCAUGAUGGAAGACAAUAAGCAGCUCGCGCUCCGCAUCGAUGGGGCGGUCCAGUCGGCCAGCCAGGAGGUGACGAACCUGCGAGCCGAACUCACGGCCACCAACCGGAGACUGGCGGAACUGAGCAGCGGCGGCGGCCCGGGCCCGGGCCCGGGAGCGGCGGCCGGCGCCUCGGCGGCGGCGGCGGCGGCGGACUCGGCGGCGGCGAACAUGGAGAACCACCAGCACAGCGCGCAAGCGCUCCUGCGGGAGGAAGUGUCUCGGCUCCAGGAGGAAGUUCACCUUCUCCGGCAGAUGAAGGAGAUGUUGAUGAAGGACCUGGAGGAGUCGCAGGGUGGCAAGUCCUCCGAGGUCCUCUCGGCCACCGAGCUCAGGGUCCAGCUGGCCCAGAAGGAGCAGGAGCUAGCCAGAGCCAAAGAAGCAUUGCAGGCCAUGAAAGCAGACCGCAAGCGCCUGAAGGGUGAGAAGACGGACCUGGUGAGCCAGAUGCAGCAGCUGUACGCCACGCUGGAGAGCCGCGAGGAGCAGCUCCGGGACUUCAUCCGCAACUACGAGCAGCACCGCAAGGAAAGCGAGGACGCCGUCAAAGCCCUGGCCAAGGAGAAGGACCUGCUGGAGCGCGAGAAGUGGGAGCUGCGGCGCCAAGCCAAGGAGGCCACGGACCACGCCACGGCGCUGCGCUCCCAGCUGGACCUCAAGGACAACCGGAUGAAGGAGCUAGAGGCCGAGCUGGCCAUGGCCAAGCAGUCCUUAGCCACGCUGACCAAGGACGUCCCCAAGCGGCAUUCACUCGCCAUGCCUGGCGAGACGGUGCUGAACGGCAACCAGGAGUGGGUGGUGCAAGCGGACCUCCCGCUGACCGCGGCCAUCCGGCAGAGCCAGCAGACUCUCUACCACUCGCACCCCCCCCACCCCGCAGACCGGCAAGCGGUCAGGGUGAGCCCCUGCCACUCCCGGCAGCCCUCCGUCAUCUCCGAUGCCUCUGCGGCUGAAGGCGACCGGUCGUCCACGCCAAGCGACAUCAACUCCCCUCGACACCGGACGCACUCCCUCUGCAACGGCGACAGUCCCGGCCCGGUUCAGAAGAACCUGCACAACCCCAUUGUACAGUCACUAGAGGAUCUUGAAGACCAAAAACGGAAAAAGAAGAAAGAGAAGAUGGGAUUCGGCUCCAUCUCGCGCGUCUUCGCCAGAGGGAAGCAGCGGAAGUCCCUCGACCCCGGCCUCUUUGAUGACUCGGACAGCCAGUGCAGCCCCACGCGCCAGAGCCUCAGCCUGUCGGAGAGCGAGGAGCAGGUGGACCGGCUGCAGCAGGUGGAGCUGGUCAGGACCACGCCCAUGUCCCACUGGAAGGCCGGUACCGUCCAGGCCUGGCUGGAGGUGGUCAUGGCCAUGCCCAUGUACGUCAAGGCCUGUGCGGAGAACGUGAAGAGUGGGAAGGUGCUGCUGAGCCUGAGCGACGAGGACCUGGAGCUGGGGCUGGGGGUCUGCAGCUCCCUGCACCGGCGCAAGCUGCGGCUGGCCAUCGAGGACUACCGCGACGCCGAGGCCGGCAGGAGCCUGUCCAAAGCCGCUGACCUGGACCAUCACUGGGUGGCCAAGGCCUGGCUGAAUGACAUCGGCCUGUCCCAGUACUCCCAGGCCUUCCAGAACCACCUGGUUGACGGGCGGAUGCUGAACUCCUUGAUGAAGCGGGACCUGGAGAAGCAUCUGAACGUGUCCAAGAAGUUCCACCAGGUCAGCAUCCUGCUGGGGAUCGAGCUGCUGUACCAAGUGAACUUCAGCAGGGAGGCCCUCCAGGAGCGCCGGGCCCGCUGUGAGACACAGAACAUAGACCCCGUGGUCUGGACCAACCAGCGGGUGCUCAAGUGGGUGCGAGACAUUGACCUGAAGGAGUACGCAGACAACCUGACCAACAGUGGCGUCCACGGCGCCGUUCUGGUGCUGGAACCCACGUUCAACGCUGAGGCCAUGGCCACAGCCCUGGGCAUCCCCAGCGGGAAGCACAUCCUCCGGAGACACCUGGCGGAGGAGAUGAGCGCCAUCUUCCACCCGGCCAACUCCACAGGCAUCCGGGAGGCUGAGCGAUUCGGAACGCCCCCUGGGAGGGCCUCCAGCGUCACCCGGGCGGGGAAGGAGGAGAACAGCGGUGGGAUCAAAUACAAGGCUGGCCGGCUGCCCCUGGGAAAGAUAGGAAGGGGCUUCAGCAGCAAAGACCCCGAUUUCCACGAUGACUACGGCUCCCUUCAAAACGAAGAUUGUGGAGACGAUGACUCCCAGGGCAGGCCAGAGCAGUGCCAUCUGGAAGGCUACAACGGCCUGGAGGUCACCAACGUGUAAGGAACCGAUGCUGCACCAGACCCAGCAUGGAGGGACCCAGGGCAGAAGAGCAGCCAGAGGUCGCCGCCACUGUACAUAGUGACCUUGGACUGAGGGUGCUCCCCUAGUCCUGGGCAAACCCCAACAGACCGCUGUCACUUUGGAUGGGAGCACCGAGGAACGAGGAGGCACCAGCCUGCCUGCCCUGAGCGGGCCGCGGACUUGCCUGCUCGCUGGAAGGAGACUGGCGCAGAGGACCUGCGGGGGCGCCCAGCCCCUGCGGAAUCGAGGCUCCAUCUCAGAACGACUCAGCCACUGAGCAGUCCAAGUGGCCCCGGGGGCCUUGAACUGAGCUGCCGCGGUGGGAAAAGGCACAUAGUCCCCCAAAACACCCUCCCAGGAGGAGCAAGUGGGACUCCAACCAGACGUACGGAGCCGGGUAGUGACAGCGCCAGGAGCUAGCAAAGCCUGAGGCUGACUGGUCACCACGUGCGCCCUUCUGGCCGGCCUGGUGGACGUCUCGGCCCCAGUACACAUGCCCCCCACCCAUGACUGAGGGAGGACGCGGCUUCUGACUUGGGUCACUGUGUCUCUCUUGGGAGAAUGCGAAAUGGGAAGGCCAUUCCCUCCCACCCCAAAAGCCGUGUGUCACAUGGGGGUGGACAUGUUGAAGGGCCACUUACACACAUCCUUCAGGAGCGGCCACACUGGGUGGAGGCAGGCGGUGAUCCCUGUGGGGGCGGGGCUGGGCAGCAACAGUCCCAGGAAAUGCAGGUGUCCUGAGUUAGGUCGGUGACACCAAGUGUGCCAAUGGGUUUGGGAUUGAGAGCAGGGAAGUGCUUGUCAUUGUUAACCCAACAAUCCUUGUUGUGACACCUCUGUCACCUGACACACAGGUGUGCUGCCGAUGCCAUAACUGAGCGGAAUCUCACAGGUCGUGGAGCAGAGGACCCCCAGCCCUCUUCUUCCCUCGGCUGCUCUUUUCCUGUGUGGCUUCUUCCCAGUGGCCUCACCUCUCUGUGGCUCAGCAUCUUCAUCUACAAUACUUCGGGCUCCCUCCUGGGGAUGUUGUGAGGAUUAACACUUGCUAAUGUCUGUAACACUUUGUAACCUCUCAGGAGACAGGUGGGAAGUUACGGGGUCCAGGGAGGGUGUCUAAUUUCCCAUUUACAGCAUGGAACUGAUAGUGAACUGGUUCUCUCCGGCUGUUUGGGUUGGAGCCGUGUGCAAAAGGAGCACAAGGAAUUUUGUUGUUCAGACUCUCUAGAGCCCCCAGGAGGACUUGACCCCCCAAAAAGGGGAAAAUCCCAUGUGCACAACCCUUGAAAACCAGUUUGCACAUGUUCAGGCUUGAGUUCAUUGACCUCGAUGCUGAGGAACGAUUAGGGAAGGACAGAAGGAAUUGGGUCCUACUUACACUUCGGUUUUCAAAGCAAAUCACUUGCUAGAACCAUGAUGCUCGACCCCAUUGAAGCCUUUUGCACCAACAGUCCACGAGAGGUUUGAAUUUCCAAAACUCGACAGGUGUCAGCCUCCGAGAACCAGCAAAGCACCUCUUCUUCAACGCAAUGAAUUAUUUCCCCUCACGAAAAAAGCACAGACCAAGGCUGGAUGAACUUGAAACGACUCCUCCCUGAGGCCCAAGGCCGUGGGCUUUUUUUUUUUUUUUUUUUUUUUUUUUCUCUCUCUCUAACUUGAACACAAUCACAGCCUUUCCUACCCUGGAAACCGAAUGCCUGGUAGGUGGGCCGGUUGAGGCUCCCUUUUGGCUGAAUGUUUGGCCUCCCAGGGAAACACUUCUGAUUCCAGGGCCUGACAGGCCGAGUUCUGGAACCUGAUUGGCUUUGCUGAAGUUCCAAAUCCAGUACCUGUAUGACAUUUAGUGACAUGCAUGGGGCCUGAGGCUGCAGAACCCCGCGGCCCGGAGAGGGGAGUUAAAACCUCCCUCUCCCCUGACCCACAGGUCACUCCCGAGCCAGUCUCCAGGCUGGGUGACCCAGGACCCCAGGAUCUGCCUCUCGGGGAAGCAGCAAACCCAGAGGGCAGUGAUCCCCGUGUCGGGAGUGGGAAUAGCAGACAGACAGGUGCCUGAAUGCUGGUCUGAUUAUCUGAAACCGAUGAACUGUUCCCCGACUCAGCCCCACUGGGGACAAGAUGGGUAAGUGGACAAUGGAGGGUGGUCAUUGGCAGGGGUGGCAUUCAUUGCCCAAAACAUUCGCAGCAUUAGGGCGGCAGGCCUGGGGCAAUGCAGGCAACCUCAGUUGUACCUUUUGGUCCAAAUGAUGCCCUGACAGCAGAUUCCUCCCUGAUGCUCUGUAUCCCUGGCAGCCAGGGGAGCAUUUGGAGCUGGCUUUUCAACAUGAGGAUGGGCUGGCUGAUAAAUUAAAAACCUCCACACAGAGUUAAAUCAGGUGAGCUUUGUCUGCUGGGAAAAAAAAUUCCUGAAUGUCAACUCUGCUUCAAGAACAGGCAGGAAGAGCAGAGGGUGCAGAGAGACUUGGCAGAGAGGACCUGGUAGCUGGUUAACAAAGGCUGGCAGAGUGGCCACCCACAGAACAGUGACUUGCCAUUGCCACAUCCUGUCUAAAUGGCCUGAA